GGCAGCUGUUCCGGAAAAAGAAAUGAUUAAGGCUUUAGGGCUACAAGAUUUCAGCUGAUGGGUAAAAGAGGGGACUUUUUAGUGGAGGGUUGGUAAGAAGUCGAGCACUUAACAGUGGAGAUAAGAAGUGGGAGCAGAUAAAGGAAAAUAUUAUUGGUGAAGUGUUAGUGCGCCUGCCUCCCCCUCCCCCCCCCCCCAGGGAGUGAUGGGUGGGAGGGGAGGGGAUGGGAGCCUGUGUCUGGAGCAGUGUACGUCCGGAUCGCACCGUGGCCACGUGCUCUCUUGGAUACUGUGACUAAAAUAGUGCGUCCCUCCAGAUGUCGCACCAGUGAAAACGAAACUAAUAUUGCGACUUAACUUGCAAAGGGAUCGUUUGGUGAAAAAAGAACAGCCACAAUCUUCAAUAAGAUCCAAGAUGCCAACUGAAGUACCAGAACCUGUUCCGAGCUGGUCCUCCUCUAAGAUCUCUCAGAUUGAGUAUUCUGUGUGAAUAGCUUCUCCCCGUCUAACUACGAUGACUUUCUACCUUUCAACCUUCGCCCUCGUCGUACCUGCUGUCAUCACUAUAGGAUACUCAGCCAUAGAUUUCCCACAGACCAGAUCGUUCCCAGGGGUCGAGGACGAGCCUGACUUCGAAGGACCGAUCAACAAUGUGACAGUGUCCUUGGGUAGAGAGGCGAUCCUUGUGUGUACCACCACAGAGCUGGGGAACUACAGGGUUGGAUGGAUGAAGGCGGACGACCAGACUAUCCUCAGUCUGCACACACGUCUGGUCACUCACAACCCCAGGAUCGGUAUAACCUACGACCACAACAACUGGGGUCUACACAUUAGACAAGUCAAGGCCUCUGACAAGGGCUGCUACAUGUGCCAGAUCAACACCAGCAUCAUGAAGAAACAAGUCGGCUGUAUAGACGUGCACAUACCUCCGGACAUAGAGGAUGUUGGGACGUCAUCAGAUGUUACCGUCCAGGAAGGAGAGAAUGCGACUCUCACGUGUAAAGCUAAGGGACAUCCUACCCCUAGAAUAACUUGGAGGAGGGAGGACAGUGAGCAAAUAGUCAUCAGGAAAACACCCAAGGAAACAUUCAAAGUAGAGUCGUUCAGUGGAGACAGCCUACAUCUAGUGAAGCUGGAUCGUAAACAGAUGGGAGCGUAUUUCUGUAUCGCCAGCAACGAUGUUCCACCAGCUGUCAGCAAGAGAAUAACACUAAACGUUAACUUCCCUCCAGUCAUCAAGGUGCCAAAUCAGCUGUUAGGAGCUCCAUUGGGAACAGAUGUUCAACUGGAGUGUUCAGCCGAAGCUUAUCCGAACACUAUCAACUACUGGAAAAAGAACAUGGACCAAGUUAUUUUACCAGGGCCUAGGGUUCAGAUAGAAGAAGUACGGAACUCUUACAAAGUCCACAUGAAGUUGUCCAUAAAGGCUUUCAACCAAAGUGACGUAGGAACUUACAUGUGUGUCUCGUCCAAUUCGAUGGGUAACGCUGAGGGCAUUGUUAGGCUAUACGAAAUCAAAAUCCCGACAGUGCUUCCAACUACUACUACUACAGAGGCAACAACUUUUACAAUUCCACGGAGAGAGACAACCACUACUACAGAGAUGACCAGGGUAAUACGUACAACAACACAAGACCCUCUCUACGCCACUCCGUCAAGAACACGGGAAAUCUACGUGGACCACAACGAGCACGAGGUGUCCGGUAUCUCUAGCAGACAACACAUCACGAGCGGAACCUCCCUCCACUCUCAGCAAACCUGCGUCCUCCUCACCCUCUGGAUACUCUGCCUCUCCUGCAGAUGACGCCUGUAGUCCCUCCUGUACAACUACACGAUGCUCACAUAGGAUAGACUAGUUGAGGUUCUGUACCAGAGCCCAUGUUCUGAGAUGUUAGUGUAAAUGUAACAUGAAUUUUGUACUCGUUGUUCAUGUUGUAACCGAUUUGUUACCUGAAUAUUUUCAAUGCUUAUUUUUUAUAAGAGCGUUAAGUAGAUGAAUAAUCAUUGAAUAGUAGCUUACCGCGUUAUAUACAGAUGUUUAUAAUGGUAUUAGUGUAAUUAUAUGUAAAUAUUCUGUAAGUUGAAUUUGUAAAAUAAUGUAAUUUUAAUUUACAAUGAGUUAAAUUUGUUUUGUAAGUUACGCAGUAUAACGUAAGCUUAACUAUUGUGAUAAUUUACUUCCAUUUACUUAAUAAGUUAGUGACAGGUUAGUUGAUAAGGUCAUGAUAGAUAACGUAAAAUAAAUAUUCCAUAUCAAGAUACUAACAUUAGUUAUAAUAACCUAUAUCUGUUGAUACAUAUCUUGUAAUAAAUCUGUUAUUUUAUUAUCAAUAAAAAGUAGACGUGUUGGACGUAAAAGAUUUGAAACAUUUACUAAAUGGAAAACACUUUUAUAUUACUUUAUAUUGAUAUUACUUUUUAAAGAAGCAUUUACAAGAUGAAUACAAAGGUUAGAGCCUGGAAUCUGCUUUUUAAUCAAUAAUUUAAUAUUUUAAUUUACUAAUUAAAACACUUUAAUAUAGAAUUGUAAUACAUGUAAACAUAUAAAAUCUGAAACUUUACAUGGAUUAGGAAUGGGAUAUAAACUUGAUGUCAAUCUAAUAAAUGACCAAAUUGUCCGCUAAACCAUGAAGCUACAAUAAAUGGAAAUAACCAAACGGAUUCAUUAUUUAUUUAAUAUUUAAAAAGGUUAUGAGUACAGGUAAAAUCCUUUUACAUACAGUUUAGUGUAAAACUGAAAAUGUGAUCAGAUUUUCAAUUUAAAAUGCUAACUUUAUUUUAGCAUGAGGAUAAGGGACUGAAAUAAGAAUCUUCCGUAAGCAAUGGUGAUUUCUUCUUUGUAAUCUUUUCCUUUAAACUGGGAAGAUAUUGUUUACAAUUUUGAAGAUGUAUUCAUGUAACAAUAAAUGGAUUUUAAUGUUAGAUGUCCCUGGUGGAUGUAACUGUCAAUAAGUAUUGAGUAAUUUAUAUUGGGCCAGAAAAACGAAUUGUUUUAUAAACAAUUUGGCCUUUGCUUCAUCGUAAAACUGAUAAAACUAAACUAAUUUAAGGGUUCAAAUCCUUAGAUUUUGUUACUAAUAAAAAAAACAUGAACACUCUGAAGUAUGCAGUUUAUUUUAUAUUUAUACUGAGUAAAUUUUAUAUUUUCAUAAUUAUUCUCUUCGAAAUAACAAAAAAAUAUUUUUCAACCUGGUUAAACUCGGAAUUUGGGGGUUUGGAAAUACUAAUUAUGUGUAAUAGGUGAAUUUGUUUAUAGAUAUAAAUAAUGAUUUUGGGUUUGCUUUUACAUUAAUAAAAGAAGUUCCUCGACAAAAAUAAACAUGAUCAUGCUGUUUUCUAAAAUAACCAUUAAUUGAAUCAGUGUUUUAAACAUGGCUGUUGUAUUAAUCAAAACUUUAAUCUGCUCCAUGAUAUAAUUUGGUUGGUAGAUAGUUAUGUAAUAAAUAUUAAAUUUACUACAGCUUAAAAAUUAAAGAAUACUGUAAGGACAUAAUAUUUGUAAUUA